GUACCGACACCGGUGAAAAUCAAUUUGAUCAAUAUGCUGUCAGAGACGGGGCUGCAGGUUAUAGAGGCCACCAGCUUUGUGUCCCCCAAGUGGGUUCCUCAGAUGGCUGACCAUACUGAAGUCAUGCAGGGAAUUAAUAAAUUGCCUGGAAUCAGCUAUCCUGUGCUAACCCCUAAUCUGAAAGGAUUUCAGGCAGCGGUGGCAGCAGGGGCCAAAGAAGUGUCGAUCUUCGGAGCUGCAUCUGAGCUCUUCACAAAGAAGAACAUCAACUGUUCCAUAGAGGAGAGUUUGGAGAGAUUUGACGAAGUGAUGACGGCAGCGAGAGCAGCCAGCAUUCCUGUGCGGGGGGAAGAAGGUCUCAGCGAGCAGAUUGUGUAUGUUUCCUGUGUCCUUGGGUGUCCCUAUGAAGGGAAGAUUUCUGCAGCUAAAGUUGCAGAGGUCUCAAAGAAGAUGUACUCGAUGGGAUGCUACGAGAUUUCUCUUGGUGACACCAUCGGCGUUGGGACCCCAGGGAGCAUGAAGGAGAUGCUGACAGCAGUCAUGAAAGAGGUGCCGGUGGGGGCUCUCGCUGUUCACUGCCACGACACCUACGGGCAAGCUCUUGCCAACAUCUUGGUAGCUCUUCAGAUGGGGGUGAGCGUGGUCGAUGCUUCUGUCGCUGGCCUCGGGGGAUGCCCCUAUGCCCAAGGGGCAUCGGGAAACGUUGCUACGGAGGACUUGGUGUACAUGCUGAACGGCCUGGGGAUCCACACAGGUGUGGAUCUGCAGAAGCUGAUGGACACGGGCACAUUUAUUUGCAAUGCUCUCAACAGACGAACAAAUUCCAAAGUGUCCCAGGCAUGCUGCAGACUGUGA